AGCUGCUCUAUUUACCUGUUGUUUACUAUCAAUACCUCCGUCGACAAUGUCACUUCAACCAUUUUGAGCAUCCGAGCUCAGAAUAGAUACAUCUUCUUCCCGACAGCAAAUCUGGAAGGAUAAACACCAUCAAAACAUGAACACUGCCUCACGUCUCGUCGGGGCGACGAUAGCCAUCACAGCACCUUACUACUUCUACAACGCCUCUCGCUCCAUCUCCAGCGUACCGACCAGCGACAUGAGGACGGGAGCAGCGCCGUCAAGUUUCCUCAAAUCCAAAACCCAUCUUGCCGUCGUCAACCCGCGAGACCACAGAGGUCUGACCGACUCACGGUCCAUCACUUUCAAGCUCCCCCCUUCUCGAAGAUCAUGGUCCGACGAACAAAUUCUGGCGACGUUCGUCCAAGGCUACUUUGGCGGCUGGGUCUUCACACCAGAACGUAGACUUUUGGGCCUUGUCGACUGCCUUUUACGUCGUCAACUGGUCGGGUUCAGCGCGAUCCAGGACGACCCCCAGCACGGCCAAAUCUGGUCAUGCAAUGAUCUCUCUCAAAGCAAACUUCCUUCGUUACACUCGACUCUCUUUGGGGCCUUCCGAGUCGUCGACUAUCACAUCCCAACAACAACUAAUACCGCCCAGGACCCUGGUCUGUCUGAUGAGACGAGCUACGUCGACUUCGCAUUCGGCUCCGACACGUCAUACUUUUCGGGCUUUCACCGGUUUUCCAUACAUCGAGACCGGCUCUCCGACAGCACUGCCAAUUCUUCUUCUGAGACGGUCACGAUCACAAAUUCAUGUGUCGCAUGUAAUCCAUCGUCGAAUACGUUAGUCGGACUGGAUAAAUUUCGUGCCUUUCACGAGUUCUACGCCAUGUUGCUGUUCCGCGAGGGUGUCGCGAGAGUAAUGUCUGUGUGAGAAAGAUGUGGCAUCCGUCCCUCCCAUCACACACUUCGUCAACUAUACUUUUGUAUCGCCAUAUUGUAU